AUGGUUAUAGCAAGUAUGGGAUUAUUGGAUUGUAAUCUUGGAACAACAGUGGCAUCAGAACUUGAUCAUUAUAAUACUGUUGUAAUGAACGAAUCUCAUGAACGUUCACUACAGACUAAUGUUUUAAUUGGUUUAUUAAGACAAGGUGAAUCAGAUGAAGCAUUGAAGUUACUUGAUUCAGAGGGAUCUGAAUCUGUCUCGAAUUCUGUUAAACAGGACUUAGGUUUAGGCUUUAACUUAUCGAUUAUCAUCCAUGAGUUAAGGCAAAUUACAAGUUGGAAGCAAUAG